CAGCUUCUCUGGGCAAACCUGUGCCAGGGCCUCCCCACCCUCCCAGGGAAGGAUUUCUGCCCCUCAGCUCCUCGGGGAGGAUUCUGUUGCUGUGGGAGUCGCCGCGUGCAGCCCUCACGUUGAGGGUUUUCGGGAGGGUGGGAUGUGACUGUGAGGGAGCUGCUCCUGCUCAGCUGCUGCUCCAGAGGAUGCCCAGGAAAAACCCCCCCGGUGCUGCCUGUGCCGGGGAAGAACUGAAGCCCCCGGUGGCAGAAGCUGCUUCGCUUAAAUUUCAGAUUUUUUUAGCUCUGCGUGAACUUGGAGAGUUUGCUUUCGAGUGUUUGAGCGGCCCCUGUCACCCGGUGUUUAAGUGGUAAGCAGGUAUUAAUUCCCAGAAGAAAGGGCUUAGUGAAAGGUCUGAUCCCAGUGGCUUUAGUUCUUGGGAUCCUCUCAGUCGAGCUGUGUGAGGGUGUUAAAUAUGAAAUGAGCAAAUAGUUUGCUAAUGAGUAUUGCAAUGAAAUCGCUUUUAAUUUGUUUAUUGCACUUAAUACUCUUGUAAGAAUUAGCUGAUCGUAAUAGGAAUUAGCUGGUUGUAAUUUGCAUUUGCAUAUCUCCAUUCAUAGAUAAGUAGGAACCUCUCACCUUUCCAGGGAGGUAAGUGAAGAAAUUCCCUUUUUUCCUGGGGAAGCUGAAUCAGAGUGUUUUGGCUGUUGCACUGAUAAUCACAUUCCUGUACCUGUCAAGCUUGGAGUGCCCUUCUUCUGGUUUAUUAAUUGCAUAAUCAAAUAAUUCUGCCUGAUCUCUUUAAAAUAUCACUUCUCACAGGGCUGUUUGUCACUGGACUUGUUAAUUAACGUUCACACAUCAGUCUUACCUGUCUCAUCUGAUGCCAGGGAAGGUGUUGGAUAUUCUUGCACUGCUCAGUAACCAGGUGCUUUGAUACUGAUUUGGAUGAAGUCAUGAAAAAUGAGUAAUAUGAGAAAAAAACCACCCAGAAUUAACCCUGUAGGUUUAUGAUUAAAAAGAAUAGAACUAUGAUGCAUUCUUAAUGAAGGAAGAACCACAGCAUAAUUGAAGUAGCUUUUAUGGCUCAGUGUUCUCUACAGAAGCUUUUCAGAUUUUGGUUUUACAGCAGGAAAUGCUGUGCUGGAAAUUACACAGAGCUGUUGAUGUUGCUGCUGAAAUGUUCCCUUAACUUAGGCCAAAAUUGAUUCUAUUAAAUCCCUUCUCCCUGCAAGCUGCAGGAAUUCAAGGGAAUAACUGCACUGUGUUCUGCAGCUUAACCAUGUCCACGUUUCCCCUCUUGCUCUUUAAAGCAAUGAGAUGAUUUCUGGGGAUUUGUGUUACUGGCUGAGGAAGGAAUUUAAUCUGCUUCCUGGCACGGGGAGGGUUAAACUGCCCCAGCUCUCUGGUGUCAUUUACACUCAGCACUGGAGACCUGCUGCCUUUUCACAGGGCAGAAAAUUUAACCCAGUCAGGUGUUUUCCUGCUGUGUUUAAAUCUUAAAACGUGAUGGUUUUGCAUCUAACCAAGAGCUGGGGACAGGGUGUUUUCCAUCAGGAUUCUUAAACUCUACAGACCUGCAGAGCAUCUCCUCAGUGCAACAGUUCCCCUGCAGGAUCUGAUGUGUGCCGUGAUGCCACACGUUGUCUGGUCAGCAAAAAUUGGGAUUUUCCAAGUAUGAGAGGCAUUUACAUGGGAAAAUGACACAGUGGUGAGCAGAGGGCAGGCCUGCAGUGCAGGGACACCAGGGCUGUCCCCUCAGCUCUGUGCCCAGAACCCAGAUGUGCAUUUGGUUUAAUCCCCGUGUGUUUUGGAGGUGGGAGGGCAGAGGUGGUGGUUGGUUGCCUGUUUUUCCACAGGGAGCUGGAUGAAGCGAAUCAGGACACAGAAUGAAGGUGCAGGGGCUGCCAGCUGAAUUUGUUCAGUGUUAAGAUGAUAACUGGGCAGGUUUGUGUGCAUCUCUUGACAGUCACAGUGACUGUGCAACCAUCACUUUCUGUCCACUUCACAGGGAACUUGAAUUGUUCAGUGGUACAGAAAUUAAUUGUAAAGAAGCUGGGUGCUCUGACUCUUUUCUUGGCUUUUUUUCCCCUUUCCUUUUUCAUCCCUCCUCUCUGACUGUGUGUGUGCUGUCUGGGAUAUCUGAGCUCCUGGCACUUGUCUGCAAACACUUUUGUUUGUUAUUGAUCCCUCUCCUGCUCCUGAGUCGAUUUGGCAAAGACCUUUCCUUAAUUGUGUUGCCUGCCCUACCAUCAGUCUUGCCUUUUACUUUUCCAUUUGUCACCUUUUUCUUUACAAAACUGCCCUGUUCUGUUCCACCCCAAGACGUGGCAAUAACAUGGAUGUCUUCUUCUUUUUUUUUUUUUCCCAAAAUGCAAAAGGAGUUUCAGAGUUUUAGAACCUCCUCGUGCUGGAACUUUGAACUUAAUUAUAAUUCUCUGAAUCACUUCAACCAAAUUCAGAAAAAGAAGGAAAAACUGAAUUUUUUUUUUUUUCCUCCCCCACAGUGGUCUUUUAAGCUGGUGUUUUAGAACCAAAGGCAAUCCAGGGCUGGAAUGUUGCUCUCAGUUCCACCUUGGCUGGACUGGAGGAGUGUCUGUGUCCUGCUGCCCUGUUUGCUGAGCCCAGAUUUCUCCCAGACCAGAUGGUGCCUUUUGUUCUUUCCCUUGUUGGUGCAUUUUUGUUCCCUUUUCUCUCCCCUCCUUGUGUGAAUCAGCGAGCACAAAAAAGGAGGUUUCCACCAGCAAACUCAUUUUCUUGCAUUUCCAUCCUUUCUGUGACACUGAGGAGCUUCUCCUGGGGAAAUUCAGGAAACGUUCCCAGGUCUGUGCCCGAGUUUGUGGUGGUUUGGCUGAAGGGGUGACAGGGACUGGGGCAGUUACAGGAGCACAGGAUCCUUCCAACAGCUCUUGUUCCCCUGAUUUAACUCAUUUAAUGGAGCAUCACACCUUGGGUGUGUCCCAGAGCAGUUUGGAAAUACUUAAAACCAUUUAUCCUAAAUAUUUUUCCCUCAUUUUUACGUGAUUUUUCGCCUUAAGUCCAAAGUGUUUGUGUGUUGUUAAUUAGAAAUCUUGUCUUAAUGUUUUCCCAUGAGUGAGAGUGGGUUUAUUCUGCAUUUUUAAUGUGGUUUUGUUUCAGUUCAUGGCAUUUCUCAGUGUCUGCUUCAAAAGAAUAAGCUGAUAUUCCAAAUGAGACCAUUGCCAAUGAAACACCAAUAUAUUUACCUAUCUUUUUUUAGUGUUAUGUGAUAAAUUAACACUCUUUCCAAAGGUAGAUCCAGUGCAGUUCCAUGUUUUCUCUCAUUUGCAGUGUGAUAACCUCAAGAUUAUUGCAGCCAUAGGUGGCAGAAGGUACACUCCUUUAAAAUCUUUUUUUACUGUAUAAAAACUAGUCUCCCUAAACUCUUUUAUUUAGUCUUUUGCUUUUUUUUGCAUUUUUUUUUUAAUCCCUUGAUGUGUUUACUCACAGCUGUAGAUACUCUUCCCCAUGGGAAGGAAAGGUAUUUUCCAGUGCUCAGGAGAAGGAAAUUUCCCUCCAUUAGGAGAUUUUAGAUUUUGUUCCACAUGUGCCUGGAGAGGCUUUGGAGAGGUGGUUUGACUUUGCUGUGUACCUGAGGAAAUAAAGUUAUUUCCUCAACUAUCAGAAGACCCCUCUGAUGACUCGGGAAGGGGUUUUAAUUGUUAAAUAAGAAAUGGCUGUUCAGUGCAAAGUGUGUCAUGGAGGAAAGCUUCUAGAGCAGUGUUGUCAUUUUGGAUUUCUGUCAGGGCAAAGGGAGGAGGAAUUUCAGCUCCUUGACAGGAAAGGAACUUUAAUUUCCUUUUGACUGAGCAGCAGAGUCCUCGCUCCCCUUGCAGGGCUGGGAUGUGAUGCUGCUCAUUUGGGGGUGACAACAAAUGUCAGGGUGACUUCUCUUCUUUGUUUCUGUAAAAUUCUUUGCCUCCCCAGCCAGGGCAGGGUGGUGUGGUGCCCUCCCACUGAGUUUGGGUUGUGUUUUUUGGGAUGGCAGAGCCCUGGUGGAAGCUGGCCCGUGCCCAGGAGCUGCAGUGGGUGAAGGAUGCUGAGGGACCCCAUGAAGUCCUGGAGCGACAGCCAGUCAGACCUGUACAGCAGCGACCAGGAGGAGGAGGAGCAGAUGAUUUUUGGGGAAAAUGAAGAUGAUUUGGAAGAGAUGAUGGAUUUAAGUGACUUGCCUACCUCCCUCUUUGCUUGCAGUGUCCACGAAGCUGUGUUUGAGGUGCAGGAGGAAAAGGAGAGGUUUGAGGCCCUUUUCACAGUCUAUGAUGACCAAGUGACUUUCCAGUUGUUUAAGAGCUUCAGAAGGGUGAGGAUAAACUUCAGCAAUCCCGAGGCAGCAGCGAGAGCACGGAUAGAGCUGCACGAAACAGACUUCAGUGGGAAGAAGCUGAAGCUUUACUUUGCACAGGUGCAGGUAUCCAGCGAAAUAGGUGACAAGUCCUACCUCCUCCCUCCCCAACCUGUCAAACAGUUCCUGAUUUCCCCCCCUGCCUCUCCACCAGUUGGGUGGAAACAGAGUGAAGAUGCAACUCCCCUGAUAAACUAUGACUUGCUGUGUGCUGUCUCCAAGCUGGGACCAGGGGAGAAGUACGAGCUGCACGCGGGGACAGACUCCACCCCCAGCGUCGUCGUCCACGUGUGCGAGAGCGAGACGGAGGAGGAGGAGGAGAUCAAAAACCCCAAACGGAAGAUCCUGCAGACCCGGCGCCCAGACCCCCCCCCGACGAUCCUGGGCGACUCCAAGGCCUUCGAGUGUGCCCUGGAGGUGGGGGGGACCAUGCACUGCUAGAGCUGAGCUGCUCCAGGGGGUACCAACACCAGACACUCCUGAGUCCGUGUGUCGAUGUCUGUGCUGCUGCUGUAGCGACAACAGAUCUGACUUGUAGUUGUCUCUCAUGCUCAAGAGUCUGGAUGCCAAUGCUCUGAAAAGCACUUUAAUUUUAGGGACUAGUCCCAUCCCCACCCCCCCCCGAGUGUAGCAAAUCCACCUGACUUGAAAUAGUGACAAUUAGGGAGUCUGGUUGUGGUUUGGGUUUGGUUUUUUUUUUUUUUAAGAUGUUACUCUUUUUUGUUUCUGUUGUACAGUGUGAUGUACCAAGUGCUGAAAUAAUCUCUUGCUGUCGUGACUGGGUUCCAGAAAGCUCCUUGCACAGCAACUUAAAGCUGAUCUGUGCUGGUCCAACAGCUUCCAGUUAACACAGUGUUAAACACAAGUGAAAUGCACUCUUUGUGCUAAAACUCCUUCCCAGCUGAGGUGAGGAUUAACCUUUGCUUUCCUCAGAAACGCCAAGUACGUGUUUGUGAUUUGACAUGAGGCACAAACACAGGGAUGGAGCUGAACCCAGCUGGGUUUGGUGGCUGCACUGGGAAAGAGCCACACACUGAGUCUGUCACCAACACUCCUGCUCUGAGCUCUGGGUGGUGCACUGCUGGUUUGCACUGACACCUCAUUAGGAGUUAAUUACAGUAGGUAGAUUAAAAUAUGGGUCCAGCUGCUGAAUGGGUUGUCUCUGAUCCUCUCUGAACAUGUCCAGUCCUGGGCCAGAUAAUGCAGUGACUGUUAGGUCAUGUCAGGAGAUAAGAUGCUGAGGGUUAAUUUUUAACUUCUCCAGUCUGUUUUGUAUUCUCAAAGACAAUCAGUUGCCUGGCUUAGCCAGUUCUUAUGCAGUUUCAGCCCUUGUUUGCUGUUUUCCUGUGUGGCAUCCUGCGUGUCUGGCAGAGCAUCUGCUGCCUCUGAGAGCAGGGUGCAUCUUUUAGAACACAGAUCUUUGAUUUUGUGAUCUUUGUGUUAAGUGUUUUUUAGUAGGAGGAAAAUAUGCCUUGGUAUAACAACACCUGCUCCUGUGCUUUUAUGCUAUUUUAUAGCCAAACUUUUUUAGUCUAGACAGAUUCUUCUUUUUUUUUUUUUCUAUUUCAGAGGAUAGAAUGAUUUGUGAACAAACCAGGCUGCUGAUGUUUGUGUGUAGAAAUCAUUUGAGUCGUUCAGAAACUCGGAUUUUUCGGGUUCAUUUUAGUGUGAUUCAGUCUUUCAUGACUUGCUUAUUGAACUUUCCAAAGUGUUCUCACUUGGCUGACAGCAGAGAGAAAAGGAAUGGUCAGGGAUUCACAUGGAUGGAGCUGGAGUUUCCAGCUCUUGUGUUGUCCUGGAUUGUGAUCCCUCCCACCACCAGCUCCAUGAUGCAAAGUGGGAUCCUGCAGGCAGGUCCUUCCAGAGGCAGGAAUAGUAGAGAUUAAAAAGGUAGGAAAAUGGGAUUUGUUCACCUUGCCUCCACAGGUGUGAUAUUUAUGUAUCUCUUCAGGUAUUAAAAUCACUCAAAGACCAACUUCUCUGUCUCACUGUUCUGUGGUACCGAAACAAAGGGGAAAAACCCAACAAAAACCUGUAUCACCCAUCAGGCUUGUGGAUUUUUAAAACUCCAGAAGGCCUGUCUGGAUUCUCUGUGUUGUUUAUAUUUUGUGAGCUGUUUGAUUUCUACCCCACUGUAGAAGGUGCUGUGAGUAGGAAUAAGUGGAAAACCCUCAGAAACAGUUUUCUAAGGCAAAGCAAGUGUGAUGUUGUCGAUGUGUAAACGUGUAAAAUGUGGAACAUUCCAGCACUUCUCACUGUGUAAAGACACUCAAAAUAAAACAAUGCAGUGCCAUUCACA